CGCCUCUCCCUCCGCCUCCUCUCCUCCCCCUCCUCUCUUUCUCCUCCUCCUCCUCCUCCCUAAGUGUAUAGACAGCAUCACAUCACCUGGUUUGCUUCUGAGAAACGGCAUCUCUCCUUUUCAGGGACCAGAGACGAGAGAGAGAGAGAGAGAGAGAGAGAGAGAGAGAGAGAGAGAGAGAGAGAGAGAGAGAGAGAGAGAGAGAGAGAGAGAGAGAGAGGAGACAUUCUAAUGGAGUCGGCUUGAUACCCCAAAAUAAAAUAAUAAAUUUUGGCUCUUGUCCCCUCCUCCCUCCCCACCCCCUCAAACCCUGUGUGAGAUGUUAGGUUUCUUCUCCAUGAGACACUGAGGAGUCGCAGUGGCUGGAGAGGCGCAGGGGGUAGACUACCUCUGCACCCCCCCCCGGCCCCCCCUUUUUUCUCUCCGGGAGGAGGAGGAGGAGGAGGAGGGACGGGGGGCUUGCAGAGCAAGCGAUGGAUGAGGAAAACAUGACGAAAAGCGAGGAGCAGCAGCCUCUGAGUUUGCAAAAAGCCUUACAGCAGUGCGAGUUGGUCCAAAACAUGAUAGACCUGAGUAUCUCCAACCUGGAAGGGCUUAGGACCAAAUGUGCUACCUCCAACGACCUCACGCAAAAAGAGAUCCGGACCCUGGAGAGCAAGCUGGUGAAGUACUUCAGCCGGCAGCUGUCCUGCAAAAAGAAGGUGGCCCUGCAGGAGCGCAACGCCGAGCUGGACGGCUUCCCCCAGCUCCGGCACUGGUUCCGAAUUGUCGACGUGCGCAAGGAAGUCCUGGAGGAAAUCACCCCGGGCCAGCUGAGCCUGGAGGACCUCUUGGAGAUGACGGAUGAGCAGGUGUGUGAAACCGUGGAGAAAUAUGGAGCCAACCAGGAGGAAUGUGCCCGCCUCAAUGCCUCCCUCUCCUGCCUCCGGAAUGUGCACAUGUCAGGUGGCAACCUUUCCAAACAAGACUGGACCAUCCAGUGGCCUGCCACGGAGACGGGGAAGGAGAACAGCCCAGUGUGUGCCCCGGAGCCGACGCCAUGGAUCCGCACCCACCUCUCCCAGAGCCCCAGGCUGCAGUCCAAGUGCGCUCAGCUCUACUGUCACGCCAGCUCCACCCCUGGGACCCCUGUGUAUACCCAAGUGGACAAGCUCACCGUGGACGCCUACCCAGGCCUGUGCCCACCACCGCCCCUGGAUUCAGGCCACCGUUCCCUGCCCCCAUCGCCCCGGCAGCGGCACGCAGUCCGCACCCCGCCACGCACCCCCAAUAUCGUCACCACCGUGACCCCGCCAGGCACGCCGCCCAUGAGGAGGAAGAACAAGCUGAAGCCCCCAGGGACCCCACCGCCCUCCUCCCGGAAGCUGAUCCACCUGCUCCCGGGGUUCACGGCCCUGCAUCGGAGCAAGUCCCAUGAAUUCCAGCUGGGCAACCGCGUGGACGAGGCCCACACGCCCAAAGCCAAGAAGAAAAGCAAGCCCUUGAACCUCAAGAUCCACACCAGCGUGGGCAGCUGUGAGAACAUCCCAGCUCAGCAGCGCUCCCCUCUCCUCUGCGAGCGCUCCCUCCGCUCCUUCUUCGUGGGACAAGGGCCCUUCCUGCCCUCUACCCCUCCGGUCCACAGCGAGGCCAACUUUUCCGCAAACACACUGUCAGUGCCGCGCUGGUCCCCGCAGAUCUCUCGCAGAGACCUUAGCAACUCCAUCAAGCACAGGUUUUCCACCAAGUACUGGAUGUCUCAGACGUGCACAGUUUGUGGGAAAGGGAUGCUUUUUGGCCUCAAGUGUAAAAAUUGCAAGUUAAAGUGCCACAACAAAUGCACCAAAGAAGCCCCACCCUGUCAUCUCCUCAUCAUCCACCGAGGAGCAAGGCUCGUCCGGACAGAGUCGGUCCCGUGUGACAUCAACAACCCUCUGCGAAAGCCACCCCGGUAUUCGGACCUGCACAUCAGUCAGACGCUCCCCAAAACCAACAAAAUCAACAAGGACCACAUCCCUGUCCCUUACCAGCCAGACUCCAGCAGCAACCCCUCGUCCACGACAUCCUCCACGCCCUCCUCGCCAGCACCCCCUCUCCCUCCCAGCGCCACGCCACCCUCUCCCCUCCACCCUUCCCCGCAGUGCACCAGGCAGCAGAAGACCUUCAACCUGCCAGCGUCCCACUACUACCAGUACAAGCAGCAGUUCAUCUUCCCAGAUGUGGUGCCAGUGCUGGAGACACCGACCCGGGCGCCCCAGGUCGUCCUGCAUCCAGUGACCUCGAAUCCCAUCUUGGAAGGAAACCCAUUACUUCAAAUUGAAGUGGAGCCGACCUCAGAGAACGAAGAGGGCCACGACGAGGCCGAGGAGUCGGAGGACGACUUCGAGGAGAUGAACCUGUCCCUCCUCUCGGCCCGGAGCUUCCCUCGCAAGGCCAGCCAGACCAGCAUCUUCCUGCAGGAGUGGGACAUCCCCUUCGAGCAGCUGGAGAUCGGCGAGCUCAUCGGGAAGGGCCGCUUCGGGCAGGUGUACCACGGCCGCUGGCACGGCGAGGUGGCCAUCCGGCUGAUUGACAUCGAGAGGGACAACGAGGAGCAGCUGAAGGCCUUCAAGCGGGAGGUGAUGGCCUACAGGCAGACGCGGCACGAGAACGUGGUGCUGUUCAUGGGCGCCUGCAUGAGCCCGCCCCACCUGGCCAUCAUCACCAGCCUCUGUAAAGGACGGACCCUCUAUUCGGUGGUGCGGGACGCCAAGAUCGUCUUGGAUGUCAAUAAAACCAGGCAGAUUGCCCAAGAAAUUGUGAAGGGCAUGGGCUACCUCCACGCCAAGGGGAUCCUGCACAAGGACCUCAAGUCCAAGAACGUCUUCUACGACAAUGGCAAAGUGGUGAUCACAGACUUUGGGCUCUUCAGCAUUUCCGGGGUGCUGCAGGCUGGCAGGCGGGAGGACAAGCUGCGCAUCCAGAACGGCUGGCUGUGCCACCUGGCGCCCGAGAUCAUCCGCCAGCUGUCCCCCGACACGGAGGAGGACAAGCUGCCCUUCUCCAAGCACUCGGACGUCUUUGCCCUCGGAACAAUCUGGUAUGAACUUCACGCCAGGGAGUGGCCUUUCAAGACCCAGCCAGCAGAGGCAAUCAUCUGGCAAAUGGGCACAGGCCUGAAACCCAACCUCAGCCAGAUCGGCGUGGGAAAAGAGAUCUCGGACAUCCUCCUCUUCUGCUGGGCUUUUGAACAAGAGGAGAGACCCACCUUCACCAAGCUCAUGGACAUGCUGGAGAAACUGCCAAAACGGAACCGCCGCCUGUCUCACCCUGGGCAUUUCUGGAAGUCGGCAGAGCUGUGACGUUUGGACAAAGGGAUGGCACUUAGCGGCCUCAGCUCCCGAGCCACCUCUCCUCCCCUGCUCUGUCCUCUGCCAGCCUAGGAGGCCAGAAGCUCGCCGUCAGAGGGAGCCACCCGGCCCGCCUGGGAGCACUGCACAACUCAGCUCAGGCUUCCCUGUACCCCAGACCUGUGUCCUUUGGCUCGGGAAGAAUGGGGGACCCCUGAGCUGGGGCUCAACAGGACCAGCCAGGGAGACAUGGAAUUAUGCACAAGGUGCGGCAGGUGAGGGAGGAGGGUGCAAACUGAGUGUGGAGUCCCUGGGCUGCGGAGACAAGGGCAGGAGGCCCAGGGAGCAGGCUUGCGGGACCCACGUGCGUGGACAUGUGUGUUGGUGUGUUUGCAAAGCCAUCUGCGCUCGGUUCCCCUUGACAAGCCAGGGCCAGGCGGCUCCACAUCCCAGUGUGUCCUGGGCUGUCCCAGUCUCUGCGCAGUGGGUGCCGGCUGAGCCCUCAGGGAACACGGGGCGGGCGUCGGGGCUGAGCCAGCUUAGCAGGGCUACGGGCUGACCUGGGCAGAGGGACAAGCUGUUUCUAUGUAAACGUCUGGUCUCAGAGGCCCCAGCCCAAGCCUGUCUGGGUGGCACCUCCUCACACAGCGCCCAAGUGCAGCCAGACGGCCAUGCAUGCGCCCAAGUUCUGGGUCUCGCUGGGUCUGUUCCCAGACCUCCCACUCCUGUUCUGUGAGCACCACCCUUUUGCCCACCCUGCCCCUGCAGUUCAGAAAGCACAGUGGCUCCCUAGCGAGGAUGACUCUGGGGGCUCCUUUCAGCUCACUUUCAUCCAUGACACCCUGAACCCAGGCCCUGAGAACUGGGGUCCUGGAGAGGGGCUUCUAGAACAUUGUUUUCCCCUCCCUCUACUCCGGCACAGACACCAGCUCAUGUUGUCGACCACAAGGACAGACGCAGGUUCUUGGGACACGUGUGUUGGGGGUGCACACAGCAUCCUGUUUGCGAAGGAUUUCCCCUCCCCUUCACCCCCAAAAAGUGCCAUUGGGAGGCAAGGAGGGAGCUGUUUACGGCAGUUCUGCUUCCCAACUCCAGCCUGUGCUGAGCCCAGUGGUGUCCUCCUUACAGGGGUUCUGUUUGCUCAGGGCCUGCAUUGUCUCUCACCUCCAUGCCUCCUGGCCGUGACCCGCACACACCUGAGGGAGGGCGCAGGGAGUGGGUCAUGCUCGCAAAGUGGUGGGAGCCUCUGUCUUGGGUUUCUUCUUCCUUUUUUUUCUGGUGUCUUCUUUUUUUUGGGGGGGGGGGGGGAGGAAAGAGGGGAGAGAGAGAGAAACAUCAAUGAGAUGUCUUAUGCUCCUUACAUUCCAUACCUUGUAAGGGAAGGGCUUAUGUUCCCAAAGCCCUGGACCCCACUCAUCUGAUCUGGCAUUAAAGGGAGGUCUGCCCCCAGGGCAGCAGCAGGCCCAGGGCCAGCGCAGCCUCUCUGAACGUCCCGGGCACUGCCCUGGCUUGCUUUUCUUCUGGUCACUACCUUCCCCCGACAGCUCCCCAGAGAGGCAGCCAGGCUGCAAAGCCCCCCCUGAGCCAGACUCAGCAUCCACCCAGGGGGCGGGGCUUCCCACCGUGGCCACCCUCA